AUGAAGUUUUUUCUGAUUCUGGGAUUUUUUUUCUUUAUAUUUAAUUUCUCACUUCCAAGUAUAUCCUCAGCCGAUGUUGGAUCUGCGUCUCGUGUUAGCCAAUCAACCGUUGGAGGAGCAGAAAAUUUAUCACCGCCAACUGCUCCCGUCCUUGAAGAAUUGACAGUCGUAAGACAAAAGGAAUUGUUUGUCGCAAGAAAAUAUAAAAAUUACUCAACAACAACCGUCAACCCCGUUUAUAUCCCGCCCGUUUAUCGAUUAUUGGCAUCAAUGAUGGAGAACUUAUAUUCCACCUACAAAAUUAGGAAAAUGACAGUAAAUGAUAUAAAAACUAUUGAUAAUAUAAAAUCCGAUGAAUUUACAAUUAUUUACCCUGAUCAAAUAUACCACCGAUUUGUUAAAAACUUCCCAAACUUAUCUCUGGUACUUGAAGUCGACGACAAUAUGGAAGGAUUCAUUAUAGGUAGUAAUACAACUAGUGAGGGUGUACAUUACGGUCAUAUAACAUCGAUUUUCAUAAGCAAAGGUUUUAGAAGAUGCGGAUUUGGAGCUAAACUUAUGACCGAGUUUGAGGAGAAUAGCAAGAAUCUAAAAUGCAAAUACGUGAAUCUAUUCGUGAACCAUCGCAACACAACGGCCAUAGAAUUUUACAAGAAACUUGAUUAUUACGUUCAUGUUACAAUACCCAAUUAUUAUGAUGAUACUGACGACGCAUUUGAAAUGCGCAAAACCCUGGUUUAUUAAAAUCAUUUCCCCAUUCUGUGUACUUAAUGAUACUGUGUUAAAUAAUGUAGUAUAUCAAUU